GUCUUUUAAGCAAAACCUCAUCCACAGCUCCCACCCCAUCAUUCUCUCUCUCUCCCUCCCUGUUUCUGCUUAAUCUCUUUCCAUUUUCCCUCCAUCUUCAGUUGCUUACCAGGAACUUCUAUCUCGGGAGUUUCGGUUCUUCUCUAAGCUCCUUCAAUUUUGAAGGAACUAUCAAAUGGGCUCAUUCCAGAAACCCAUGGCAAUGAGAAGCUCAGCAUUGCUGGAAACUUCGUGUGGAUAUUUGCUUCAAGAACUGCAGAUGAUCUGGGAUGAAGUUGGAGAAGAUCAAUUUGAAAGGGAAAAGGUCCUACUAGAUCUUGAACAAGAGUGCCUCGAAGUUUAUAGAAGAAAAGUUGACACUGCAAAUACUUCAAGAGCUCGCCUCCAUCAAGAGUUGGCUGAUUCUGAAGCUGAAUUCACCCAUCUUCUGUUGUCCCUCGGUGAACGAUCCCUCCCUGGACGGCCAGGAAAAAUGGCCGGAACACUUAAGGAACAGUUAGAUUCAAUCACCCCAGCUCUACGGGAGAUGCGGCUGAGGAAAGAAGAGAGAAUGAACCAGUUUCGAGCUGUGCAAGGGCAGAUUCAGAAGAUUUCUGCAGAAAUAGUAGGUCAAUCAGAGUACAAUGAUUCAUCAUCAAAUGUCAUAGUGAAUGAGAAUGAUCUCUCACUUAAGAAACUCGAGGAGUACCAAAUUGAGCUACAAAGACUCCAUAAUGAGAAGAGUGACAGACUCCAGAGAGUAGAAAAGUAUAUAACUGCAGUCCACAAUCUAUCUGCGACACUCGGGAUGGAUUCCUCCAUGAUCAUUACAAAGGUUCACCCAAGCUUGAAUGAGUUGUGUGGGAUAUCGAAAAACAUAAGCGACAGUAUUUUGGCUAAACUCAACAGCACUGUGGAGUCUCUUGAAGAAGAAAAGCAAAAGCGUCUUGAGAAGCUUCACCAUCUUGGAAAAGCACUGACAAACUUGUGGAACCUCAUGGAUACCCCCUACGAGGACCGUCAAUUGUUUUCGCAUAUUACUGAUCUAUUAUCAGCUUCAUCAGCAGAGGUAUCUACUCCUGGAAGUCUUACCCUCAGCAUUAUACAACAGGUUGAUACUGAAGUCAAGAGAAUGGAUCAGUUAAAAGCAAGCAAGAUGAAAGAGCUUUUCCUAAAGAAACAGAUAGAGCUUGAAGAGAUAUGCAACAGAUCACACAUGGAGAUCCCUUCACGAUCAGAGAUGGAUAAUAUAAUAAACCUUAUAAAUUCUGGGGAGAUUGACCAUGCCGAUCUCCUCACAAGCAUGGACGAACAGAUAUCAAGGGCAAAAGAAGAAGCUUAUAGUAGAAAGGCUAUCAUGGAGAAGGUAGACAAAUGGAUGUUAGCACGUGACGAAGAGCGAUGGCUGGAAGAAUAUAGCAUGGAUGACAAUAGAUAUUCAGUCAGCAGAGGAGCUCACAGGAAUUUGAGACGUGCAGAACGUGCCCGAAUAACAGUAAACAAAAUCCCAGCUUUGGUGGAUUUGCUGAUAACAAAGACAAAGAGCUGGGAAGAAGAACGAAAUAAAGUUUUCUUGUACGAUGAGGUACCUCUCUUGGCAAUGCUGGAGGAGUAUAUAUUGUGCAGGCAAGAAAGAGAAGAGGAGAAGCAAAGGCAAAGGCCAUUCCCCCAGGAAAAGAAGAAGGUGCAAGGUCAAGUAGCUGAGCAAGAAAAUUUGUUCGGGUCCAGGCCAAGCACCAGCACUCGGCGACUUUCAAACCAGAGCAUAAAUGGAGGCAUUAGCACUGCAAGCCCCUUAAAUAGAAGGCUUUCUCUGAGCAUCCAGCAGCUAGGGUCAAACAGCAUCAACUCAGCAACUCUAGGCAUGUCUUUCAUGAAGGAAGGAAAGAAGACACGUGGACAAAAAUUGCUUGCUCGGCCUGGCCUUGCUUCUCAUCUUAGGGAUGAAACAGCUUCAGUGGUCUCAACAUUUUCAGGUCCUUUAUCUCCAUGAAUUUUAAGUCAGACAUCAAUUUUCAACCGUGAUGCAACAUCAUCAAUAGAUGAUAUUAGAGAAAGCUUCCCAUCUAUGUUAAUAUAAUAGAUUGUCGAGAAAAAAUAAAUUCAGCUUGUUAUGUAACUUGAUGAAAAUACUUGUGUAAUUAUGUCUUGUCGUUUUUCCAAUGGCUCCAUCUUCUAAGAGGGUUUUGAUUUGCUAGUGCAAAAUAAAUAUAUAUUUCAAAGAUUUUUUA